AUGAGCUCCGAUGAUUUGGCGCUUGCCUCGCCGCCUUUGGACCACGACCGCCGCGAGUCGCUCAAACGCCCUCGCAGCGAUAGCUCCGAUGACGAGCCCUCUCCAGAGCCCAUAGGUUACGCUCAGUCCGGUGUACGUUACGGCAAGGACUCUCUGGUGUGCGAUCAGUGUGGAGUUGCGUUCCGAAAGCACUCGGAUCUCAAGAAACACAACGCCCGCCACGCUCGUCAAUACCGCUGUGUUGAGGAGAACUGUCCCCGCAGCUCCAUUGGCUUUGCGACAAUCAAUGACCUCUAUCGACAUGAGAAAUCAGUCCACGGCAAGCACGUAGGAAAGUCAAGGAUGUACAAGUGCUUCGCUGCUGGCUGUGCUAAGGCGUCCAAGCUUUGGCCUCGCCUAGACAAUUUCAAACAACAUCUCAUCCGCAUGCACCCCAAUGAAGACAUCGACGCAUUGGUCAAACGAUCCGAGCAAUGGCAUGAGGAUGAGGAAGGCAGCCAGGACGCCAUGCAGCUUGACAACACCCAGGACUCAGUCAUCUCGUCACUCCAGAAUGUCAAGCGCUUGCGGUCUCCACCUCGCCUCUCUGGCCCUUCACACUCUGAGAGUGACCGUCUGCUGAGUGGUCCUCGAUGGGACGUCACUCCGCCAACUACCGCUAUCACUACUGAGCGCCGCCAGGACCUUCAGCAAAUUCUUGCCAACAAACCACCGCAGACCAAUGGCACGUCUGGGCCCACUCGCCAGCCUGGUGACCCCUAUCGCCAAAUUCAGCCGACCGGUCCUGAUGCUAACCGUCACUCGCAACCCAUGGGCAACCACCAGUCGCAACAACAGCACCCACACCGCGACAGCCAAAUGACUGAUCCCCCUCCUCUCGAGCCAGACGAGAACAAGACCAUCUCACGCGCCGCUGAGGUCGUCGAUGCUACAUUGACUCCGCCAAUCCGCGCCACUGCGUCUCAUGUCCAACAGAGAAUCACUGCAUUUUCCGUCGAACGGUUGUGCGGGAGGGGCCAGCGACUCACUUUCUAUGGCACGAGUUGGUCGGCAUCCACAACAUUCCGCAGGUGA